AUGUCACAAGAGCCGCUUUUACCACUAUAUAGGACAGCACCAAAUAGUCCAAAUCGUCGAGUUAUCGUAAUAAGAUUUUCAGAUGUUAAUAUUAGAGAUUUAGAAAUUGACAUUACAGAUGUACCAUAUAGGGAGGUUACAACCCGUUGGCUACGGCAGAAAUGCAGGGAACUGAGGCCACAAGAAACUGACAGUAGAAGGUUAAAAUUUAUUAGAAGUGGUGCACUUUUAAAUUCUCAUGCCGACCUUUCGAGUGAAUUGAGUAGACAUUUUAUUCGACAAGAUGCGGCUUCUAAUGGUAACGACAGUAAUAGGGAUCAAUCAAGGAGCAAGUUUUACAUCCAUUGUAUUGUAGGUACAGAACGUCUGGAACGUGAUCAAUUACUCAAUGAAGAUGCCAUGGAUGAUGCGGGACCCUCGAGAGAAGGUGUAACUACACAAGCCGUUGGAUUCGAUCGUUUGAGAGCUGUUGGAUUCACAGAUGAAGAGAUUGAACUACUUAGACAACAGUUUAGAGCUACUUAUGGUGAUUUAGAAACAGAACCAAACCGUGACGGUGAUGACAACGAUAUUAGACAAUUGGAAGAACAAUGGAUGGAAAGUGGUACCGAAAGACCCGGUGAAGCCGUUUACGAAGAUGAAAGGUUUAAUGCAAUGCCAACAUCAAAUUUCAGACACAAUCGCGACCUUUUGGUCGGGAUUUGUGUAGGUUUUUUUCUAGGGUUAUUUGGAUUAUUGCUCAUGAAAACUGAAGGCUUGUUUAGUAAAAGGCAAAAGAUGGCAAUUGUUGCAGGAGUUAUGGUUAAUGUAAUGUUCAACGCAGUCAGAGGGUUUUGA